AUGGGGCUGUCCUAUAACGUCUACCUAACGUCCGCCAAAAUUUUUGGGUGCAAGGCGUGCAAAACUCAUCUCGCUGAUUAUGACGACAUCAUAAGCCGGAAUUUCCGGGGCCAACAUGGCAAAGCGUACCUCUUCAAUAAUGUCGUCAAUAUCACCCAGUCGGAGGCUGUGGAACGUAGCAUGACCACGGGGAGGCACAUCGUCCGUGACAUCGCUUGCAGACAAUGCAGAGAAACGGUAGGGUGGAGAUACGAUAAAGCGUACGAAAACAGUGAGAAAUACAAGGAGGGGAAGUUCAUCCUGGAGGAGGAGCUCCUGUGCGUGGUGUGCUAG